AUGAAGACAUCAAAGAAUAAUCUCCUUUUCUUGUUUAUCAAUCUUUGUAUUAUUGCAGUCCAGAUCAGUGCAUCCCAUGCCGAAGAAGAACGAAAACCUUACAUUGUUUACAUGGGAGAAUUGCCAGAGGACAGGAAAUUCUUGAUAGAUGAACACCACAGCCUACUUUCUAAAACAAUUGGAGAUGAACUGAUAGCUAGAAAUUCCAAGAUACACAGUUAUGGAAGAAGCUUUAAUGGAUUUGUGGCAAAACUACUGCCUCAUGAAGCGGAAAUAUUAUCGAAGAAAGAAGGAGUUGUUUCUGUAUUUCAAAACAAGGUGCAGAAGCUUCUCACGACAAGAUCCUGGGAUUUUCUUGGGAUGCCAUUGACGGUGAGAAGGAAACGGGAAACUGAGAGUGAUAUGAUUGUGGCUCUUUUGGAUACUGGGAUAUGGAUACAGUCCCCUAGCUUCAAUGAUAAAGGUUUUGGACCUCCUCCUGCUAAAUGGAAAGGCAAAUGCAUGAAGGCUGGAAACUUCACUGGAUGCAACAACAAAGUCAUUGGUGCUCAGUUCUUCAAACUUCAAAACGAUGGGCAAGAGGAAGAGAAGUCUCCGGCUGAUUCGGAUGGACAUGGAACCCACACCGCGUCGACUGCUGCAGGAAAUUCUGUACAUGGUGCAAGCUUAUAUGGCAUUGCCGAAGGCACUGCUCGUGGUGGAGUUCCAUCAGCCCGUCUUGCUAUAUACAAAAUAUGUUGGAUAAUGGGAUGCACAGACAUGGACAUAUUAGCGGCAUAUGAUGCUGCCAUUGCUGAUGGAGUCGAUAUCAUAUCAGUAUCCUUAGGAGGGUACCCUCGGGAUUUAUUUGAAGAUCCAAUUGCCAUUGGAUCCUUUCAUGCCAUGAAGAAGGGAAUCUUGACUUCAUGUGCAGCAGGAAAUGAUGGACCUGAUUUGGAAACUAUAGAAAAUGUUGCACCAUGGAUCUUGACUGUAGCUGCUACUAGCAUCGACAGACGAUUUGAAGCUCCUGUUACAUUGGGGAAUGGAGAGAAUUUUACUGGUAUUGCAAUCAAUACAUUUGAACCAAAAGAGCGUAUGUACUCUUUAACGAAUGGAGCACACGCGCAAAAUAUUUCUGGAAAUCCAGUUGGGAAUAUCAGUGCCUGCGAUUAUGGGACGCUGAACCAGAAUAAAGUUAAAGGAAAAAUUGUGUAUUGUUUAGGAAAUGGCGGUCAGGACCUCAUCAUCGGGGAGUUAGGUGGAGCAGGGAUUAUCAUGUCAAAUGAAUUUACAACAGACAUAGCCUUCCCUAAUCUGAUACCAGGCACUUUUGUCAGUGUUAAUGAUGGUGAAAAGAUUGAUAAGUACAUCAAUUCCACUAGGUCUGCGCAAGCCGUUAUUUCCAAAACGAUAACUGCAUACAUGACAGCGCCUUUCGUUGCUUCAUUUUCAUCAAGAGGUCCCCAGACAUUGAGUUCAAACAUCCUCAAGCCUGAUAUUGCUGCACCGGGGCUUGAUAUUUUGGCGGCCUAUUCUGAAUUGACAACAAUGACAGCGGAACAAGGUGACAAAAGGAUUGUGAAAUACAAUAUUAUAUCUGGUACAUCGAUGGCUUGCCCUCACGCUUCGGGAGCAGCUGCCUAUGUCAAAUCCUUCCAUCCUGAUUGGUCCGUUGCUGCAAUUAAGUCUGCUCUAAUGACCACCGCAAAAUCCAUGAAGAUCAAACCAGUGGGGGCAGAAUUGGCCUCUGGCUCAGGUCAAAUAAAUCCAAGAGUCGCAUUGCACCCUGGCCUAGUUUAUGACAUUCAAUACGACAAUUACAUUAGCUUUCUCUGCGGACAAGGAUACAACAAGUCAGCUAUAGCAAUGUUAACAGGAAACAAAAAAUACAAUUGCUCAAGCUUCCCUGUUGCAAAAGGAGCAGACGGGUUAAACUAUCCGUCCAUACAUAUUUAUCUGAACAAUUCUAAAACUUCCUUUUCGGAGAUAUUUUAUCGUACUGUGACUAAUGUUGGUAUUGGAAAAUCAGUCUACAGAGCAAGUAUUAGGUCUCCAAAGGGUCUUUCUGUCACUGUUGUACCGAAAAUUCUGACUUUCGACAGCCCAAACCAGAAGAGGUCUUUCAAAGUGAUGGUGAAGGGCAAAUUUCUUAGGGAGAGUUCAUGGGUUCUCUCUGGGAGAAUAGUCUGGAGUGAUUCCAAGCAUAAUGUUAGGAGUCCUAUUCUUGUCUUCAGGUCAUAA